UGUAUUGAAGGACACUCCCUCCAUAGUGUCAGCUUAGUGACGCAAUGUCAAAUGUACUGAGUCGUAAGGGAACCAUAUUAGUUAAAAUAAUACAAGGUAUUGGCUUAUAGGGAUAGUUUAUCCAAAAAUGAAGAUUCUCUCAUAAUUUACUCACCCUUAUGCCAUCCCAGAUGUGUAUGACUGACUUUCUUCGUGAAUGGUGACCAGAACAUUGAAGGUCCAAAAAGCAUAUAAAGAGAAAGCAUGCCGAGCAUUAUAGGAAGAGCCCAAGUAGAGAUGGACCAAGCGAUUCAGGACAUGAAGUUGAAGGACCAUCAGAAAAAAAACAUGCUAAGAUGGAUCACGCCAUUAAUAAUUACACAACACAAUCAAAAUUGAAUGCCCUGGUUUUUAAUUUUAUCGUGGAGGAUGUGCAACCCAUUUCAAUUCUAGAGCAACCUGGGUUCAGGAAGUUAAUCGAAGUGUUAAGCAGAGGCAAAAAGGUCAUGAGUCGCAAGACUUUUGAUUGCAGGCUUGAAGCAGCAUAUGAUAAAAUGAAAGAGGAGCUGAAAAAGAAACUCGACACAGUGCAGUCACUAUGUACAACUGCUGAUAUAUGGACCGUGAACAACCGAAGCUAUUUUGGAAUGACUUGUCACUGGCUUGAGGACAAUCUUGAAAGGAGGUCUGCCGCUCUUGCCUGUACAAGAAUCUAUGGCAGGCACGCUUGCGAAACGGUUAUAGCAAAAAUUCAAGAAAUUCAUUCUUCCUAUAACAUCGAAAGCAAAAUUCGGGCAACUGUCACCAAUAAUGUUAGUCAUUUUGUGAAAGCCAAAGAGUUCUCAUCUGAAGAUGACUGCGAAGUGGAUGAAAGUCACUUUGAGGAUUUGGGUAGUAUUCUUAGUGAGGGAGAAAUGGGCGAAGACUUCUUUCUAAGUUAUUUCUUACCACCCCACCAACGGUGUGCUGCUCAAACAUUGAACUUGAUUGCAUCGAAGGAUCUAGCGGAUGCCAUCUCAAACGGACCGACACAUAAAGUGCACGAUAGUUCAACAGCAAAAUGUGCAGCAAUAUGGCACAAGGCACGAGGUUGCUCUACUGUAGUUGCUGAUGCAAUGGAAUCCAUUGCAAACAUGCAAUUCACAGUUCCUUGCAUGAAUCAGUGGAGUUCAAAGUACUUUGCUGUUCACAAGUUAAUGUCACUUACUGAUUCACAGCUCACAGAACUGACCGACUUAUUGGAUGUCCCAAAUUUUAUGCCUGAAGAAAUAGCAUAUCUUAAAGAAUAUGCAGAUGUUUUCAAAGCAGUCGCAGUGGCUUUUGAUCUUUUGCAGGGUGAAGAAAAUUGUUUCAUUGGCAUUGUGAUACCAACGUUGUUAACCCUCAAAAGAAAGCUCCAGGAGAAGGUGGCAAAAACACGCUUUUUCUCAGAGGUCAUUGACCAAAUCGUCAAGGCAAUUGACUCUCGCUUCAAGCAGGUUUUUGACAGUCCAGAUGCCAGAUUAGCCACAACCACCAUGCCACAAUUUAGGUUGUGGUGGUUACCGGAAGGUGAAAGAGAAGUGUUACGAGUGCAGUUAGUAACUGAGGUUUCACAGUUUGUCCUCGUGCCUGAAACAGCCAACACUAAUGUUGGCUCUGUUAAUGAGGAUGAAUUCUUUUCAUAUGGACCUGGAAGUGGGAGAGAUGGAAACAGGGGAGCAGCCGAAGAGGUACGGAUGUACCUGGAGGGCACAAACAAAGAUCUGAAAUGCCUUGAUGAAUUCCCACGUGUGAAAAAAGUCUUCAUCAAAUUCAACACAACUCUGCCUUCAAGUGCUCCAGUCGAACGGCUGUUCAGCCAUGAGGGAAAUAUUAUAACCCCAAAAAGAAAUCAACUUGCAGAUGAACAUUUUGAGCGUGUGCUGCUCCUCCGUUACAACAGCAAAAUAUGCUCCUUGGCUUUGGAAUAAUGCAUGGACUGGAACAUUGACAAUGUUUACUGCACACUAGUGAUGGGAAGAUCGGAUCAUUUUACUGACUUGAAUCUUUGAGUCUCGUUCAGCAAAAUGAACAAAUCUUUAUUCAAGACAUUUUGUUCAUUUUGUUCAUUUGAGCAGAAUUAAAUUAAAAUGUAAAAUUUUCAAUAGCCAAAUCCUCCCCAACACGUCUACUUAUGCAAACUUUUAUUAUAGUCCCAGUAAGGAAAAAUUGAUAAUGCAGCCAAGGACAAAUUAUGAGAAACAGAAAGAUUAGUUCACCUCUGGAAUCUUUUUGUCUUUUGUCACUGCAUAGCGUAUACGGCUGUCAUGUGACAAAAGAACGAAAGACUCGAGAGGUGAACUAAUCAUUUCUGUUUCCUGUACAGUGACAUUCACGUAACAAAUGAAUGGAGGUUGCGCCAAUGCACAUGCUCGGCCAACACAAAAUGAACGAAUCACUCUCUGAGACUAUUCGUUCUUCUAAGUCACAUAAAAGAUUCGUUCGAAAUAAACAAAUCGUUCAUGAACGACCCAUCACUACUGCACACGAACUUAAUGGUUAGAAUGAUUGUCAAUGAAGGUGUAGUUAAUGGAGUUGAAGGAUCUGAGUUUCUUAAUAGCAACCUGUGUGUGUCCAGCUGGGAGAAAGUUUCUAUUUCUUUUAGUUGUUUUUUAGAUUCAUAUCCAUUCAUUUAUUAAUUUAUUUAAAUUUUAUGUAGGCCUAGUAAUUUUAAGGUAUUACGUUCCAUUUUAUAUUGUUCUUGCUAUGUUUAGCAAUUGUAGUAUAAUAUUAUGUUGUGUUCUGUGUCAUCUUGAGGUCUUAAAAACAUUUGUCGAACAGUUGUUGAAUCUGUUGUUUUUCCUUUUUUCCCCAAAAAAUAUUUGUAGGUUGUUUUGCAAAAAUAACAUGCAUUACAUUUUACACAUUAUGCCAACUAUUUUUUAAUCAAAAACAUCGUAACUUUUAAACUUUUGACUUUUAGUCAUAUGAUUUAUCUCCACAUUACGUUUCAUAAGUAAUGAAACCAACAUGAUUGUCAAUGGAAUAAUCUACAUUUAUAAAAUACUAGUUAUGCCUCUAAAUUUUCUAAUCUCCUAAAGUCACAUUCAGAGCCAUUCAAAAUGCUGAUAUGUUGCUGCUGUUUUAUACCAGUUUAUUUACUCAAAGCCAUGUUCUCGAGUCUACCUGUGAUGAAAUAGCUGUAACACUUAGUUUUGAAUGGCUUAUUGCUUUAUGGUUCUUUUGGGAAAGAGCACAUGCUUUACAUUGAGAGUGUUCCGGGUUCAAUACAAGUUAAGCUCAAUCAACAGCAUUUGUGGCAUAAUAUUGAUUACCACAAAAAAUAAUUUUUGACUGUGGCCGGUCCAUAAACACAAAAAUACACACUAGAAGUAUAGCCACAAGAUGCAAACAUGUGUUAACAGGAAUUAGGUGGGAUAAAUCAGGGAUUUACCUGUGUUUUAUAUUAUAGGUUUACGUAUAAUGUUUAUUUUUCUGCAUACAAAAUGAGUAGGCCUAUCAAUUUAAACAGUAGUCGGAAUAAAUCGGCAGGUUUAUGUUAGAAGACACAGCAAAAUG